AGCACCCAACGUGUUUACAGUUGCGAUGUGGAUUGCACGUUUGACCUCCAUUGAUCCGCGACACGUUCCCGUGAAGUUUCGAUCACCGUUCGGUCUCGGCGACUUCUUCUGACGUGUUUGGCUGAAAUCGCCGCUUCAUUAUUUAUCGCCACUUUAUUAUUCCCCAUUUAAGGGGAGUUGGGCUUUGACGGCUGCAAUUUGCUAACGUCAACGUUAGCUGACGGGCGAUAAACGCGGGUACUGCCGUUUUACAGGUUCGCGAACUUGGAGCGUUUGUCUCGUUUGCUAGGAAACAUGUCCGACGUGCCGAAUGAAUCCAGAAAGCGCAGCAAGAAGCGAUACGGCGCCGGGAAUUACAGCAAGCGGUCCCGGGGCUCCGGGGAGCUCGACGUGGGCAUGCAGGGGAUCCUCAUCACAUGCAACAUGAACGAGAGGAAGUGCGUCGCGGAGGCGUUCAAUCUGUUGAGCGAAUACGCCGACAGCCUCUACGGACCCGAGAAGUUUGACGACCAUGACACAAGUAGUAGUGAGGAAGAGAAAGGUGAUGAAGAUGAUGUUGAGGCAGCAUUGAAGAAGGAAGUGGCUCAACUGAAGGCAUAUAAAGAGAAACGAGAAAGGCGCUUUGAGGCCCUGGACAGCGGCGCAAACAAUGUCGUCUUUAUCAAGACUUUAAAUCUGGAGCCUGAAAAGUUGGUGCAUCAUAUUCUGUCUGACCUCCACACCACCAAGAAGAAAAAGUCACGUGUCAUACUCAGGAUGCUGCCAGUGAGUGGAACAUGUAAGGCCUUUCAGGAGGAUAUGGAAAAAUACCUGACCACUUUCCUGGAGCCCUGGUUUAAAACCCCCAACCAUGCUACUUACCAGGUUGCCUUCAAAGCCCGCAACAGCAGUCACAACAAGAGAGAGGAAAUUAUCAAAUCAAUUGCAGGUCUCGUGGGGAAGCUCAACCCAAAGAACAAAGUGGAUCUCACCAACCCAGAACUUACAGUCAUUGUGGAGGUCAUCAAGGUUGUGUGUUGCAUCAGCGUGGUACCAGACUACACACUGUAUAGGAAGUACAAUGUCCAGGAAGUAGUGAAAGAGGACACAUCCAAGCCUGAGGUUACCACAGCAAAAAAUGACACAAGUGUGACUAACCCACAAGAGGCACAGGAAGUAGUGAGGACAGAUCAAGAGGAGAAGCAAAAUAAUGAAGAGGAGGGUGAGAAUGUGCCAAAGACUGACAAACAAGUUGAAGAUGAUAAGGUAUAGGGAAAAAACAACUCUUUAAAUAAUAUAGUGUCAGCUGGUGAGCUAUUCAAAAACUUGCCUCUAAAGCCUCUGAUAGCCUCUGUUGUAAUGGCUAGAUCUUGGCAAUGUUUUGCUUGUGUCAGUUUUAUUGUCCUAUCAGUGUUCAAGGGGGAAGAUAUUGAGGGUAAAAAAAAAAAUCCAAACGUUUUUAUUGGUAGGUCAAGCCAAUACUUGAAUGAAAGCCAUUGUGAAUUGAUAUGAAUGAAUCCCUCACCAUUUUUCUGAUUUACUAUGCUGCCAACUGACAAAUUGUUGUUUUUCAGAACUUUAAAAAGCCUUUUUUAACUUAGUUUUAUUUUUGGCAUGUUCUUGUUAACAAAAUGUGUUUGUUUAGGAGGAUCUGUAUUCUCCUGUAAUCACAGUUUUACAAGUUACAUUCUCCAAAAGUCAAAUUGUGAAACUAAUGUGUUUUUUUAUAGAGAAGUGUAACUUUCCAAAACUGAAUUAAAGU